GUCAGUCUAGCUUUAUCAUAUGGUGUGUUCAUUUGGUGACCUGAAUUUUUCAUUUGGUGAGAACACACAGCUGACUGACUUCUUUCUCAUUUGGUGAGGACACACAGCUGACUGACUUCUUUUCUUUCUCAUUUGGUGAGGACACACAGCUGACUGACUUCUUUCUCAUUUGGUGAGUUCACACAGCUAAACUGGAUUUUUCAUUUGGUGUGUUCACACAGCUAACCUGGAUUUGUCAUUAGGCUUCCGAGUGCUCUAUAUUAGAAUGUUUAUAAAUUUCCCCGAACAAGUAGCAUUCGUCUUUUUGAUAGUGACUAUUGCUGAUAUUGUUGCAGACAGCAUUUCCAGUGUGGCGUGUUACGGUAGCAGUGGAUUAUCAUGUACCCAGCACCAACUGAGAUGUUCAAAAAGAGAAACUAUUUCAAUAAUAAAUAUAACGCAUGGAUUCCGACAAGGAUGUGGUGUGCAUGGAGUUUCUAGUUGUGCUGAUAUCGCAUGCUGUAGAGAAGAAGCUGGUGAUUGUUACCAACCCAUGACAAAGACAUUUUUACAAGAUCAGUGUUUAAAUAAAUCUACCUGCCAAACGCAGCUAGUACAGGUAUCUGCCACAGUAUGUGAAGGACAACAUUUCAGCACCUACAGUAAAAUUAUUUAUUUAUGUAUACCUGCAAACAAACCAGCAUCUGGCUUAACUACAGUAUUCUCAUUCCCAAAAACCAGCGCCACUACUUCUACUUCAUCACCAAAGAUAUUACCAACAACUGAUACGACAUCAAUAAUAGAUACAACCAAGACCAUGAUAGCACCAACUCCUGAUACCAUACCAAAAACUGAUACACCUGAUAUUGGAAGUAUUGUCGGUGGUCUUAUUGGUGCUCUGUUCGUUCUUGCUCUAAUAGUUUUGAUUGGCAUAUUUCUGUUCAAAAGGAAACAACGAAAAUGUCGUAAUGCACAAACUUGUGUCUAUAACAACCAAAAUGAAUCGCUGGAUGUUAAUCUGCGUGAGAAUACAAAUACCGAUUAUGAUUAUAUAACCACAGAAGACGUUGGAAAACAGGGUCCACAAGUUUACAAUGAUAACUAUGUUGAACCAAACAUCACUGUGACAUCAGACGACCAUUACCAACAAGCUACCAAACAUAGUGACAACUAUAAUCAUAUUGGAUCAAACACUAGUGUACCGUAUGAUGGCAAUUACCAGCAUUUAAGGGGAGAUAACUCUGAUAACAUAAAAACUACAAAUGAUACUUAUAAUCACAUUCGUUCAUUUAAUCAUCACAAUCCAGGCGAUGAUACCUAUAACCAUCUUGGAAGUGAACCAAAAACUAUUAUAACCGACUCUGAAUACAACCAUAUUGGAUCAAUAAAUCACGAACUUAAAGAUAGUGACUAUCAACACCUUGGAGUUGUGCGCAGACCAUCAGUGGUAACGGACAGUGAGUAUAGUCAUAUCGCAACUGUACAUAAACAAGUGCCCGAUGUUGAUGAAGACUUCAAGUAGGACACAAUAUAUAUAGCCAACGAAAAUGAUAUCUACUCUUGACGAUAUAUUUAUUGAAUUAUAGUAUUGAAGUGGUCGUAUACUAGAUUAUCAUUCUCUUUCAGAGACUUCUUUAAAUGAAUAUUAAGCUUUAAAUGAAAUCAAUAAUUUAAUACUAUUUUCAAAUACCUAAGACGUAAAAGCCAAAUUUGGUAUUGGAAAUAUUGAUAAUCAACAAAACAAAUAUAAAAUUUGUUAAUAUAAACGUG